AUGUCGCGCUCCUUCUUCUCCCGCGCCCAAACCUCUAGCUCUCGAGACAAAUCUCCCCUGCUUCCCCAACAUCGCAACUCCGUCUCUCUGCGAACCCUUUCUCCGCGAGAUGACUCCUCACGGACAAGGACUCCAGCUGCCAGCCCAAGCCCGCCGCCUAGUUUCUACCGCUCAAGGUUCAACUCGGACAACUUCAGGGACCCCAGCGAGAACGCGGGUUCGUAUACCGAGCAUUCCCCCAGCCCGUCACGAACAAAAGGGAAAGGGAGGGAUAUGGGAGGGGGUCGGGUACAGUUUGAAGGGCCGCCUCCGCCUAUUGCCCAGAGUGUCUUGCUGGCACCUCAGCACGGAAAUGCAAACAGAUCGUCCGCGUCCUCUUCCCUAGGCGUCCCCCGCCCAGCCACUCAUAUCCGCCGACCCUCAGGUUCCGCUAGUAUCGACCCGUUACUCGUAAUCGAGAGGAAGGAGCGCGCGAUCCAGCAAGAGUUGCAGAUAUUACUAGAUGCUCAAUCGGCGGGUCUGGUACAAGGCUUUGGUGGCCAUGUACCUGGCUCAGAUGGUAUGAGUGAUACGGGGAGUAGCACACCUACGAUAGGACGACCAGCGGGACGGAGUAGGGAACGGGAUAGAGGGCCGGGCAUCGUGCCUGUGAGGCAGCCGAGGAAGAAAGUUUUGAGUUUACGUGGUGCACGAAGGGCGUUAUUGAAGGAUAUAGGGACACUGGCUGGGGUUAAGGAGGAAGAAAGCCGAUUUCUAGACCAGGAGAUUGAGCGGCGGGAACAUGUUCUAGAAAGAGUAAAGGGGUGGGAGAAGAAAAUGGAAGCUAUGCGGGGAGAAUUGAGUUCCUACUCGGGGACAGGGCUAGAAGGUCAACGGGACAGCGAGGAAAGUAGAGAGAUCGCUGAACUCCAAACUGAGGAGAGAGCGCUAGAGAGCGAGAUUCGCGACCUCGAGGAAAGGCUGAUGCAGAUGCGGGCGCGGAAGAAAUGGCUCGGGGAGAGGAUAAAGGAGGGAAUCAAUAGGCGGGAAGCGAGGCUAAGCUCCUACAGAGGCGCAUUGAAGGAAGUUGAAACCGAGGUGAAAGAGUUCCUGAGGCGGCCGCCGGUGGAAAGAAGUUCAGUCAUGGGGGGAGAAGAGGGAUUCAUGGCUCUCCCUCCACAUCGCCGAACCUUAGAAAUGGCGAGAGAGUGGUGGGAUAGAGAGCUCGACACCCUCUCCUCCCGCAGAACGGCCGCCGAAACCGAGAAAGGAGCACUGGAAGAAGGCGCGAGAAUAUGGGCAUCGACCAUCGAAGUUGUAACCAAGUUCGAAGACGAGCUCCGCAGCCAGAUGGCGUCGAAUCAGACACAAGACAGCGGUGUGUUGCGUGAGCAGGUGGGCAAGAUGAGAGAAGUGAUCGAGACACUAGAACAUAACCUGCGGGUUGUGCAGUCCAAGGGGUGGAAUCUGUUGGUUUGUGCCGUGGGUGCUGAGCUCGAAGCAUUUAAAGAGGGAGAGGGAAUUCUUGCGAGGGCGCUAGACACGGUUGAGUCCCGAGAGGACAAAGGGGAAUUGGAGCAUGAAGACACAUUCCACAGCACGCGAGAGGAGCUCGAUGGCUUAGAGGUCGCGAUGGAGGGGUUGAAUGGGUCGCAGAUUCGAAGGGGGGAGGGAGAGGAGCAGCAGAAUCAAGGAAGUGAGGAUGAGGGACUCAAUGACCUAGUGGUCGCGAUGGAUGGGCUGAACAGGUCACAGAUUCGAACGGGGUUGGGGGUGAACAGGGAGGAAGUUCAAGAGAGUGAGGAUGAGGGACCAAAUUUGGCAGAGCUAAUGAUUGAUCGGGGGAACCAUGAGGAACGGGAUGUUGAUUGA